UUUUCAGUAUCAACACAAACUAUAUCAAAAUUUAAUUAAUAAUUAAUUGUCAAUGUUUACCACGUGAAUCUAUUUGUGUUAGGUUAUAAAAAAAUUAAAUUAAACAUGGAAUUAUUUAUUGUUAACAGAUGUGAUGGUGAUGAUAAUGUUGAGGAUGAUAAAAAAACAAAAGAUCAAUCACAAGAUCAUUUAUCAGAAUUAUUUAAAAAAAUUGAAGAAAGAAAAAAACUCAAAGAAAAAACAUCAAAAAAAUUUAAAACUAAUGAAACAUCAAUUGUUGAUAAAAAUUUGAAAAACUUAUCAUUAAAAAAUAAUACAAUUAAUGAUGAUAAUGAUGAUACAAAAAAAAUAAAACUUGAAAAUGAUGCUAGCGAUAUUAAAUUAACAUUAGAAAAUAAUGACGAUGAUAAAAAAAUAAAAAAUGAUGAUUUUAUGGUACUUGGUGUUGCACAAAAUAAAAAAAGACAAAUAGUUAAAAGAGUAUUACCAAAAUGGCUAGCAAAUCCAGAAAUAAUAUCAGCCAAUUUGAGUACUGGUUUGUCAUUGGAUAAUUUUGAUGAUAAAUUAGAUAUUAAAUUAAUAAAUACAUUAAAAUUAAAUGGAGUUGAAAAAUUAUUUCCUGUACAAGAAAGUCUAAUAAAUUGGAUGAAUAAAUGUAAAAAUGAUCGUAAAAUGGGAUAUUGGCCAAGAGACACAUGUGUAUCAGCUCCAACUGGAAGUGGAAAAACAUUGGCAUAUGUUUUACCAAUAAUUGAUCAAUUACAACAGAGGUUUGUUCGUGAAGUGAGAUGCUUGGUGGUGCUACCAGUUAAAGAAUUGGCAUUACAAGUAUUUAAAGUUAUGCAAACAUAUGCAGGACCAACUGAUUUGAGAGUUGGUUUGGUAUCUGGAACAGUAUCAUUUGAAACUGAACAAAUGAAUCUUGUUAAAAAAACUCAAAAUGGAGAAUACAUAAGUAAAGUUGACAUUGUUAUUGCAACACCUGGAAGACUUGUUGAUCAUAUUGAAAAAACAAAAGGUUUUUCAUUAUUAAAUUUGGAAUUUUUAAUAAUUGAUGAAGCUGAUAGAACAACUGAAUGGCUUAAAUAUAUUCCAGAACCACAUAGAUCACCACCAUUGUUGAAUAUUAAAAAUAUAAAAUCAUGUAAAAUACCACCAGCUCAAAAAUUAUUAUUCAGUGCAACACUAUCACAAGAUCCAGAAAAAUUAAGUCGUCUUGGUCUUUUUCAACCAAUUCUAUUUACAUCAGUUGUUAUAACUGAUCGUGAUGAGGAUGUUGAUUUAGAUAAAGAAGUUGGUGAUUUUAUUGGUCGUUAUACAAGUCCACAAGAAUUAACUGAGCGUGCUGUUGAAUGUCAACCAGAAUAUAAACCAGUUGCACUUGUUAAAUUAAUAACAUCUGAGGAUAAAAUUGAAAAAACUCUUGUAUUUACAAAUUCAGGUGAAUCUGCUCAUAGACUAGCAAUACUUGUUGGUUUAUUAUUAUCUCAAAAAAAUAUUAUUGUUGAUGAAUUAUCAGCCCAAUUAUCACCAAAACAACGUACUGAAGUUUUAGAUAAAUUUAAAAAUGGUCAAAUUCAAGUGUUGAUAAGUUCCGAUGCUUUGGCUAGAGGAGUGGAUAUUGCUGGUGUUAAAUUAGUUGUCUCGUAUGAUCUUCCAAAGCACAUAAAGGGAUAUAUUCAUCGUGUUGGUAGAACAGGACGUGCUGGAUUACCUGGUACAGCAAUUUCAAUACUUACAUCCAAUCAAGUCAGUGCUUAUACACGAAUGCUUACAUCUGCCCACAAAGCAUUCUCUGCUGUUGAACAAAUUCAAUCAUUAGAUACAUAUGCUGAAUCUAUUGAUUAUCAAUUGCAUGUUGAGAAACUCAAAGAUAUUAUUGAAAACCAAGCAAUCAAAGUGGCUGAUAAAAUUAAAUCUGCCAAGCGAAAACAUACUGCUAAAAAUUAAAAUAUCAUUUCUUUUUUUUUCUCUUGAUAAUAAAAUCAAUAAUUAUAUAUGAUUUUUUUUUUUUUAUGUAAAUAAAUUUUGAUUAUACAA